AAACACUUUUAUGGACUAGCGUAGAUGGAAUAAAGUGGGAUUUGUAUCAGUGUUUUAAUCGGUUAGUUGAAGUCAAGCAAGAUUUAAUUACACUUGUGGUUUUCUUGUGCGAUAAACAUUCGCGGAAAGGUAUGGCAAAUGCAGAUUCUGUUGAAGAGUUGCUUAAAAAAACGCCAAAAGAGCCAGAUUUUGUAAUAGACGGCAUACACUUUGGCCGAGGUGGUUCCUACUACGACGAAAACACCUCCACGCAUUUGAGACACAAAACGACCGAAGUGAAAUGUUGGCGAAUCGUUGGAGAAAAGUUGGAAGCGAUUGAAUCAAAAAAUGAAUUUUUUUCUUCCGAGACUUAUAUAGUACGGUGGAAAUCAAACACGGAAUAUUUACGGUUUGAGGAAGUUUUGAGUACAAGGGAUAAUGAGAUUUAUUUCUAUUGGAAAGGAGAAGACGCUCCUAAAGGACAUUCACCGUUGCCUGAAUGUAUAGAGAAGGACAAUCCGCCGGUUGAACGAAUUGUCCAAUGGGCUGAACCACCGGCUUUCCUUCAGCUAUUUUCGGGAAAGUUUGUUGUUCACAUUGGAAAACACAGUUUGUUAAGUAAGGCCCCUCACUUGUACAUCCUCAGAGGCGAGCUCGAGGAGGAACUACAUUUAUAUGAACUGCCGCUAAAGCGAGGAAAUCUUCGGAGUAGAACCUCAUUUGUGGUUUUUAACCCCGACGAAAAAUCAUCCAUUAUUUGGCACGGAAAAAACUCAAACGCGCAUUGUAAAGAAUCGAUCCGAAAAGCGACCGAAAAAAUAUUUGGCCCCAAAUAUACCGAAAUUACCGAAGGAUCUGAAAAUGACAAACUCAUUUAUUUAGUAGAAAAUGAAGAUUGUUUUAAUGCCCCGCUCAAACUUAUCGACUAUACGCCAAGAUUGUUUUAUUUCAAUAAAAUCACGGGGAGUUUUUUAACCACUGAAAUAGACUGUAGUCACAACAGUUCGCACAUAACUCCGUUUCCGUUUCUUCAGUCACACCUGUAUACUCCGGAGCAACCAGCAAUUUUUCUCUUGGACGACAACGACGAAAUUUGGAUCUGGUACGGGUGGGAUCAGGACGAGGAUGACGGCUUUAAAACUGAGUGCUUUAUCAUGGCCAUUAAUUAUGCCAAACAGAAGAGCAAAAAUAUCAAGCGCUUGGUCAAGCUUCAGAAAGUGAUUGCCGGUUUUGAGCCGGAUUCAUUUACGCAUUUAUUUCCCGUUUGGCAAAAAAGACAAGACAUCGCACAACUACAAGAAAAGGUUGGUAUUGAAGAUAGUGCUUUUUCGUUUUGUUGUAAGGCUGGUGUGUUGCUAAGUGCAAAUCCUUUGAUUGAAGUCAUCUCGCCAGAGGAGGCUCCAGACACAUAACCCAAAACAGUUUGUUAUAUAUUGCAUAAAAAUGGUGAUAAGGGUUUAAUUAUAGUCGUAUUUAUGCGA